CAGUCGGCGCAAAUCCGCCGACCAAAAUCAUUAAGGUCGUUUUCUUCCUCUUUGGCUCAACCAAUCACACCUUUCUUCUUCUUGAAUUCAUCUCAUUAUCUUCUUUCGUCGCGAUUUCUAUUUUGAUAUUCAAUUUGUGUUUCUUCCGUUUCGGAAUUGUUUUGAUCUGAUCGGAAGAUAACCUAGGUUUUAGCUUCGUUAGAGAGUUAUAUAUAUACUUUUGAUCCAUGAAGAGUGUUGUUUCGGCGGAACAACAAUCAGCGAAAGCUGGUGAACGAAUCGAAAACGGCGACAAGGAUAAGAAGAAGAAGCGGAGAGGUAGUCGUCGAUCUAAGAACGCCUCAGGCUGCGUUAUAGAAGACAUCCAUGUAGAAUCAUCAGAUGGUGGGAGUAAAGCAAAAGAUUGUACGAGAUCAGACUUGGAUAAUAAUCCUAAUGAGUUAGCGAGAGCGUCUAAUGUUGCUUUCAACUCUAUGCCGUAUUCUUCUGGAAGUCCUUUGGUUCCUUCUGCUGAAGUUAGUAAGCAGUUGUUGUCCAAGUCGUGCCCUGAUCCUAGGGAUUGUGAGCAGUCUUCUAGAAUGGAUGCUGACUUGUUCCAGCAGGUUGAGUGUGUCUCACAGAGAAAUAUUUUCUCCUCACAUUGGUCUCUCGAUGCUGUCAAUGAAGCUUUAGAGAAAGGUGAAGUUUAUAAGGCGCUGUUUCGGGUGAAUGCUCAUAACCGCAGUGAGGCUUACUGUAAGAUUGAUGGAGUCCCUACAGAUAUUCUAAUCAAUGGAAACGCUGGCCAAAAUAGAGCAGUGGAAGGAGAUAUUGUUGCUGUUAAACUGGAUCCGCUCUCACUGUGGCCCAAGAUGAAAGGAUUUGUUACGGAAAAUGUUGCCAAGCCUGAAGAAACGAACAGUCCCCCAGAAAAUGAUGAGCGUGUCAGCCAUUUGGAAAGAGGCGAGAUAGAUGCUCAACAGAACAGAUGUUCAGUUAUAGGACAAGUAGCUGAGAACUGUGUUAGUCGCAACUCUACGCCAUUACUGGAAUCAUGUUCUCUUGGUGACCAGAAAGGAAAUGGCACUGCGGUUGAGAAGCAAUGCGUCAUCCUUAGUUCCUUCCCCAACAAACGACCAACUGGACAAGUAGUUGCUGUUGUUGAAAAAUCACUUGUAAGAGAUUCCAUUGUUGGAUUGCUGGAUGUGAAGCGAUGGAUUCAUUACAAGGAAGCUAAUGCAAGAACGAGCAAGUCUCUUUCUGAUGAUGAUUACAUCCAACUGAUGCCUGCAGACCCUAGGUUUACUAAAUUGAUCGUUCCCUUCCAUGCCUUACCUGGAGGCAUUCGAGCAAGACUUGAGAGUAUGGAUCCAACUCUCGAGGCAGAGCUGGUUGCUGCGCAAAUUGUGGACUGGAGCGAAGGGAGUCAGUUUCCCCUAGCUCAGAUUACACAUAUGUUUGGCCGUGGCAGUGAACUGGAGCCCCAGAUCAAUGCGAUAUUAUAUCAGAACUCGGUUUGCGAUUCUGAGUUUUCUCAUGACUCGCUUGCUAGUCUUCCACGUGCUCCUUGGGAAGUACCAGAAGAAGAGGUUCAACGUAGAAAAGAUCUUAGAGACCUGUGUGUAUUUACCAUCGACCCCUCAACGGCUACAGACCUCGAUGAUGCUCUAUCAGUUCAAAGUUUACCCGGCGGUUUUUUAAGAGUCGGUGUUCACAUUGCUGAUGUCUCCUACUUUGUUUUACCAGACACUGCCCUUGACACAGAAGCUCAGUUUAGGUCGACGAGUGUUUACAUGCUGCGGAGAAAAAUACCAAUGUUGCCUCCAUCAUUGUCGGACAACGUAGGUUCACUUAAUCCAGGAGUUGACAGGCUUGCCUUUUCCAUCUUCUUGGAUUUAAACAGAGAAGGGGUUGUCACAGAUCGCUGGAUUGGUCGUACUGUUAUAAAAUCGUGCUGCAAGCUUUCGUAUGACCAUGCUCAAGACAUUAUAGACGAGAAGCACGACGUUGCAGCAAAUAGCUGGCCUGCUUUGCACGGACCUUUCGAGUGGAGUGAUGUAGUUCGAUCUAUCAAACAGCUUAGUGAGAUUUCAACCAAUUUAAGGCAAAAAAGGUUUAGAAAUGGAGCUUUGCAGCUGGAGAAUUCUAAACCCUCUUUCCUCUUUGAUGAACAUGGAGUUCCGUAUGAUUUUGUGUUGUACCCUACAAAGGCUUCAAACCAUCUCGUUGAGGAGUUUAUGCUUUUAGCAAACAUGACAGCGGCUGAGGUGAUUUCUCGAGCUUACCCUGACAGUGCACUGCUCCGGAGACAUCCAGAACCUAAUCUGCGCAAGCUCAAAGAGUUUGAAGGCUUUUGUGCAAAGCAUGGUAUGGAGUUGGACAGUUCUUCUUCUGGCCGGUUCCAUGAAUCUUUGGAGAAAAUCACUGAAACCCUCAAGGAUGACGCAGUUUUUGUAGACAUUCUCAACAAUUACGCUAUGAAACCGAUGCAAUCUGCGUCUUACUUCUGCACUGGGAACUUGGAGGACUGUGUUGCUGAGUGGGGACACUACGCACUAGCUGUUCCUCUCUAUACUCACUUCACAUCUCCUCUUCGACGCUACCCUGACAUAGUCGUCCACCGUGCCGUAGCGGCUGCUCUUGAAGCUGAGGAGUGCUUCUUAAAGCAGAAGCAAAUAUCAGUGAGAAGCUGCUUCACUGGUGUUCAUUUCGAUAAAGAUGCUGUAGAAUCUAUGGAAGGCAAAGAAGCGUUAUCUGUUGCUGGUUUGAAACAUGGUGUUUCCUCCACUGAAAGGGUCUCUGAGAUCGCUGCUUAUUGCAAUGAGAGGAAACUGGCGUCUCGAAGAGUCAAAGAUGCGUGUGAUAAGCUCUACACUUGGUGUGUUCUAAAGAGAAAAAAGGUGUUUCCAUGCGAAGCUAGAGUAAUGAACUUGGGACCAAUGUUUAUGACUAUUUACAUUAGCAAACUUGGGAUUGAACGGAGAAUAUACUACGACCGAAUCGAAGGCUUGUGUGCAGACUGGCUCGAGGCGACAUCAACCUUAAUCCUCGAUAAACUCGAAUUCAAAAGAGGUGGAAGAGGCUAUCUGAAGCCCUUGAAAGAGGUUGCUUAUUUGGUGAGUCCUAGUGACACAUGCGCUGCUAAAUGCAGUGCAAUGUCUGUUACCGACUCCACCGAGCGGAGAGAAGAAGUUGUCCCUGCGGUUUUUCCUUUGACCGUUCAAGUUUUCUCGACCAUUCCUGUGGCUCUUCACGCUGUUGGUGGAGAUGAUGGUCCGCUCGACAUAGGAGCGAGGCUCUACAUGACUUCAUAUUAUAGAUGAUCUCUGAAAAUGACAGGUAAUAAAAUAGCAGCUGUUAUAUAUCUUUUCACAUGACAGUUGCUGAAAAAAAAAAUCAUGAAUACAGUUUAGUAGUUGGAUGAUAUUUAGAUACAUAGAGACCAACGUGGGGGACUUGCCGUUGUUGUUUUUGGUUCGGUUGGGUUCCUCAUCGGUUCGAAGUUGUGUUUUAAAAAUGUGUUUUGUUUUUCAUGGAUCUCGCUUUGCCCAAUAUGUUUUAGUUUUGGGUUGGGCGAAAUCAUCACAAACUGUUCACAUGUAUUGUUCCAUUGAGAAAGGAACAAGUCUCUGCUACUGAACGUGCAACAUACAAUCUUAAUUGUACAUGUUUCAAUUUA